AUGUUUUCGAUCGUUCAAACUACGAAAGAAAAAAGAUGUUUAUUAUGUGAUGAAUAUCAUUAUGUUUGUGAUCGUAUUCGCAAUACCAAAACGUAUUGGCAAUGUGAACGUUUUACUGGUUGUCGGGGACGUGCUAUACCAAGAGAUGAUGAUGAACCACCUGUAACAUCACCACACAAUCAUAAUCCUAAUAAAGAACGAAAUGAUACAGAACAAUUCAAAUCAGAUUUAAAACAUCGUAUUCGUGAAGGGCAAUUACCUCUCAAACAACUCUGUCGAACUGAAUUGAUCAAAAACUACGCAACUGAUCCAGAUGAGGAGUCUGCAUUACCUCAAUAUCACCAGAUAAAAAAUACACUUUAUCGAACAGAAAAUGAAAAUUAUCCACCUCUUCCAAAAUCAAUCAAUGAAAUUUCUCUUGAAGGUAAAUGGCGUAUGUCAUUAGACAAGAAAGAUUUUAUUGUUAUCGAUCAUCAUAAUCCUCGAUAUUUAACUUUCGGCACAUUACAAUCAUUUGAAAAUUUAUGUUCAUCUGAUUUUUUUUUGGAUGGCCGUUUAAGAGCAUUAGCAUUUAUACCUGUUUCGGAGAUAAAUAAUUUAUGGUGUGAAAUUAUGGGCAAGCUUCACCAUAUAUCACGUUCAGAAGAUUUCUUCAAUUAUUACACCGAUAUAUGGAUUGAUGAAGGUUGUCUAUUUCCAAGACAUUUAUGCAAUUAUUACAACUUUAGUGGUCCACAAACAAAUAAUGGGUUGGAAGGCUGGCAUCAUCGACUUAAUUUAAAUAUUAUCACUUUCAAUCGAAAUUUAUAUGUGGUUAUUGAUGAAUUGGAAAAAAUGAUGCAUUCAAUAAAGGGUUGCCCAGGUUUGCUGACUCGAUCUGUAUAA